AAUAUCUAUCCAUUUGUCUAUCUAUCCAUCUUGUGUUUGGCUGCUAGAAAGAAAUAAAAAGCGAGAAAUAAGAGGGAAAAGAAAAGAAAAUCAACAUAACAAGUUUUCCAGUCUGACACUCACACUCUCUCCAUUACAGCUUCUCCUUCUUCAACUUCUGCCCGGAUGCUUUGUUUAAGAUAUUCGUUGCCACUAAUUCCAAAUAGAUUUCAGUCCUUUGAUACUACCAGGAAUACCAAAAGCUGUGUUGUGGUUUGUGCUGCUAAAGGUCCACGACCAAGAUAUCCGCGAGUUUGGAAAACAAAAAGGAGAAUUGGGACUAUCUCAAAAUCAGCAAAGCUUGUUGAUUGUAUAAAGGGAUUGUCUAAUGUCAAGGAGGAAGUGUACGGGGCUCUUGAUUCCUUUGUUGCUUGGGAAUUGGAGUUCCCACUAAUUGCAGUUAAGAAAGCAUUAAGAGCUCUGGAGGAGCAACAAGAAUGGAAGAGGAUAAUUCAGGUCACCAAGUGGAUGUUAAGCAAAGGGCAAGGAAGGACAAUGGGAACUUAUUUCACAUUAAUGAAUGCUUUAGCUGAGGAUGGAAGACUUGAUGAAGUUGAAGAGCUUUGGACAAAAUUAUUUUCACAGUACUUGGAAGGCACGCCUCGAAUGAUGUUUGAUAAAAUGAUUUCUAUAUAUUACAAAAGGGACAUGCAUGACCAGAUAUUUGAGAUAUUUGCUGAUAUGGAGGAGCUAGGUCUCCGCCCAAGUGUUUCAAUUGUCAACAUGGUGGGAAAUGUCUUCCAGAGAUUGGGUAUGAUGGACAAGUAUGAAAAAUUAAAGAAAAAAUAUCCACCACCGAAAUGGAUUUACCGAUACAUCAAAGGGAAGCGUGUCAGGGUUCGAGCAAAGAAUGACAAUGAAGCUGGUGAUGUUAACAGUGUUGCAAGUGGGGAUGAGGAGGCUUCCCAUGAUGAUGAAUUAGAUGGCAUUAAUGAUGUUGCAAGUGGGGAUGAGGAGGCUUCCCAUGACAAUAAAUUGGAUGGCAUCAAUGAUGUUGCAAGUGAGGAUGAGGAGGCUUUCCAUGAUGAGAGUGAAGUAGGCAUUCGCAUAGAUGCGAAUGAAGUCGGCGUGGAAACCAAUUUAAGUUCCAAUGAUUUUAGUGUUGAAGCUAACAGUUCUCUCUCUGAGUGUCAAAAUCAGGAUCGAUUGCAUUGGGAGCAUAAUCAACCUUCAGGUGUCAGCAAUUCCAGUUAGAUUCAUUUGAACAACUGACGGUCGCGAUACUGAAAGAACAGACGGUAGUGCUGCUCGAAGACUUCAGGGCCAUAAUCCAAGAAACAUGUCCAAGCCCAUCAGAUAACCCGUUCCUGGAUGGUUGCAAUUCAAGGUCCUGGCAUGUGCCAUUGCCAUUGUGUUUCUUGUAUGGAUCAAUCAGAAUGGCUAGUGUGCAAGUUACUCUUCUGGAACCGAAGUUACUCCGGGAAAAUGGAAGAGAGAAAGGGUAGUGAUAGAGAAAGAUGAAAUGAUUCUACACAUCAAAAUAUGGAAGCAUCUUCAAAAUAGAAUGGAUUCCCUGUAUUCUAGUUGCAUAACAGUUCGUGAAAAUGCAAAGAAUAUUGAUAUUCA